AUGAAACGUGAAACUCAAAAGGGUAUAUCUUUAUAUGUUUGUACAAAUAAAUCUUGUACUCGAAGUGUUACUUUACAAAAUGAUACAAUAAUAAAAUGUAACGGUAUAACUCAUGAUCAUGAUCCAAAACUAAAUGAUAAUGUAGAGGUUGUAUUAACUGGAAUAAAACGUCGUGUAUUAGCCGAUGUGGAUGUACCAAUAGGCAAAAUUUACGAAGAAGAAGUUAAAAGGUUUCGUCGUGUAAAUGGUUCAGCUGCUACUAUUCCAGUUUUUGAUGCUUGGAGAUCAACCUUAUAUUCUAUUCGUAAAACAACUGUACCUUCAGUACCAACAUCGAUAGAUUCAAUUACAAUUCCUGAUAUUAUGUCGUUUACUCAUUCUCAUGAACAACUUUUAUUUUGUUAUACCAACGCACCACACAAGAUUAUCGCCUUCGCAUCAGAAUCAGCACUAAAAAUAUUAAGUAAAAAUCAUCACUGGAAUGCUGAUGGAACCUUUCGUACAGCACCAUCAUUAUUUUCUCAAGCUUAUUACAUACACAAAGUGAAGAAGUAUGGUCUUACAAAAUUAUCUAAAGAACAAAAUAUUAGAAGACAAAUAGCCAACAUUAUUAGUUUACCUUUGGUGCCAACAAACGAAAUUAAUAACUUCAUGGAGCGUAUAAUUGAUGUAUUAUCUAAUAUUGAUUCGAAGUUUGAUAAAUUAACAGAUUAUGUAUUAAACACUUAUGUUGAAGAUGGUCGUUUUUCAUCUGUUUUAUGGAAUCAUUUUGAUUCCAUUGGUGAAAGAUCAAGGACCAACAAUCAUCUUGAAGGCUGGGACAGACAGUUAAAUGCACGUAUUCGAGUACAUCCAGAUCUCUGGACAUGGUUCAACGAAAUUAAAUCGUCUAAAGAAUCAGUAAUGAUUCGUCACGAGCAAGAACAAGCUCAACAGCGUACAACAAGACCCAGAAAGGCAAUAGAUAUUCGCGACGAUGCAAAACUUAAAGCAGCAAAAUUAAAAUCUUUGCAAGAUCAAGAUUUUGAGUCAUAUGGAAAGGUAUUACGCAGCAUUUGUCAUCGCUACAUUGAUGUUCUAAUUCAUUCGAAAGAUAGUAGUGAUGAGGAGUAA